AUGAUGAUAAGUUUAUUUGUCUAUCGAUUAGUUGUUGUCGGUUUGUUUUUCCAAUGGAUCAUGUCAUCGAAUGGAGCAGCUGCCUGUAAUAACACUGCUAGUUGGAGUAAUAGUGCCGGGCAUCCUUGCCACGACUACCAAUUUAAUGCUUUGUGGUGUGUUAAUGGUUCCUUCCAAGAGAAUACCUCUUGGACAGGAGGUAGUAGAUAUCGUUAUCCUGAGUUCAACUGCUGUGAUUGUGGCAAAGGAUGGCCAGUAUGGUUUGUUCCAAAGGCAGGCUAUGCAGCUACCAAAGCUGUUCCGCAGUUAACAGGCAAUAGUAGAAAUUCGAGUGUUACCGAUUUAAAAUGCAUUGAUUAUAUGGGCAAUUCUAGUGUGUGUAAUAUGACAUGUAAAACAUGGACACAUCCAGUUAUAGCGCUUACAAAUAUUACUGAGAACGAUUUUAAUUUAUACAAUUGUAUACUAAGUUUACAGACGACAAAUGCCUCAAUGUCAUAUACUUUCCAAAUUCCUCAAGACAACUAUAUAGUUUAUUUUACUAAUUGGACAACAGAUCACUACAAUUUUUCGUGCUUGGGUACAACUCCACCACCGAAUUCUUCGAUAUUAUGCCGAUAUGAUGUUUUCCAGUGUCUGUCACCAACAACGACAUACCAAUGUGUAUCGCCAGAUUGCAUUGGUACAUCAAAUUGGAUCAGCAACAAUACUGCAAGUCGUAGUACAGUAGCAUAUACUUGCGAUUCGUAUGAAAAUGAGCAGCUAUGGUGUUCUGGAGGAACUGCCACACCAGGUAACCAAUGGACAUUAGGCUCGCUUUACAAUUAUCCUGAGUUUAAUUGUUGUGGUUGUGGCAAAGGUAAUCUAAUAACUUAUUCUCCAAUAAUUGCAGAAUUUCUUCUAUAUGCUUAG